AUGCAUUCGCUCCUGGGCCGGGAGAAGAAAGAAGAAGAAGCCGGGUUUGGGAUCGAGCUGGGUCUGUCUCCGGGCUUUCUGCUGCCCCAAGCUGCCACCAUGUUCAGCUGCGUGGGCUGCUUCUGGGUGCUCCUGUCCUCCGCUCUGGUCGCCGUCUGCAGCUUCAGCUUCAUCUCUCCCGCCUGGAUUGUUAAGGACCAGCUGAGGAACAACAACAACCAGCAGCAGCAGCAGCAUCAGCAGCAGCAGCAGCAGCCCCAUCACCACAUCCACAACAAGGACUCCGUGAGCUUCGGCUUGCUGUGGCACUGCUCGGAGUCUCUGGAUCACAUGUACGGCUGCUACGCCUUCGGGGAACUGGGCAAAUUUGCAGAGAUCCCCUCCAGCUCCUGGCAGACCAGUGCGGUGCUGUGUUCAGGAGGCUGUGCUCUGCUGGCUGUCAGCUCCCUGUUGGCCAUCAUCACCAUCUUCCUGCCCAGUGGAGGGUGUGAGAGGAGGAUCUGCACCCUGGCUGGAUACAUGCAGAUGGCUGCAGUUUUCAUCAUGGCUGCCGGACUGCUGGUCUACCCUUUCGGCUUAAACUCCUCACUGGUCCGCUCCUUCUGCGGCGACUCCGACAUCUACUACGCUGGCGAGUGCCAGAUCGGCUGGGGCUACAUGCUGGCUAUCGUCGGAGUCAUGCUCACCGUCUUCUUGCCCUUUUUUGCCAAAUAUGCACCGAAGGAGCAACUGUCCCCCACCCCUCUGCCCACGCUGUUAUAG